AUGGGAAGUCAGGCCCUUGACUUCCGAGUCCUUAUCGUAGGGGGUGGAAUAGCUGGGCUAACCACGGCCAUAGCUCUCCGCGGGCCCAACCGCCACAUUGCUGUCCUCGAGCGAUCCCGCAUGCUGGAAGAGACUGGAGCCCUAAUUUCCCUACAACCAAACGCGAGCAAGCUGGUGACGAGAUGGGGCCUCGACCCCUUCCUUCACUCUGCCGAACCCCUCAUUGAUCGCGGGUUCCGAGUGUUCGACAUGUCUGGCAAACUCGUCAAUGAACUGAAACUCGAGACGGCGAGAUUCGGCGCAGAUCGUGUCCUAUAUCACCGACAAGACCUUCACUCGGCGCUACGCAACGCUGCAACCAGUACACAACUUCCUGGGGAGCCGGUGGAGAUUCGCACAACUUGCCCGGUCAAGUCUUGCGAUCCAGAGGGUGGCGUUGUUACGCUGGAGAGCGGCGAGCAGAUCCAGGCAGACCUUGUCAUUGGGGCGGACGGCAUAAAAUCAGUCAUACGCACCGCCGUGCUCGGGGAAUACUGCCCUGCAAUUCCGACUGGACUCUCAGCAUAUCGCGUGCUGAUGCCCCUGGAACGUAUUCAAAACAUCGAGGGGCUUCCGGACUGCAUCAAGUCCUGCAAUCCAGCGAUGACGUCCAUGAUCAUGGGCGGCGAUAGGCGGGUGAUUAUGGGUCCCGGCAGAGGCGGAAAGCUCUAUGGGAUCGUCGCGCUGGUACCGGAUGGGAGCUUGCAUGAAGACACGGCCGGGGACUCGUGGGUCAAGCACGGUUCGAAAGAACAACUGAAGGCGGCCUACACCGGCUUUGCUCCUUGGCUUUUGAAGGUCUUCGAUGCUGCACCUGACAGCGAAAUCGGACUGUGGCAGUUGCGCGACUUGGAUCCGCUUCCGACCUGGGUCAAGGGACGAACAAUAAUAAUUGGCGAUGCGGCACACGCAAUGCUACCGACUCAAGGGCAAGGGGCAAGCCAAAGCAUGGAAGAUGCCGAGGCCCUUGCAGCCUUUCUCGCCGACAUUGACGAGCGUCCAGGCAAAAGCAAGGUACAGGAUGCUCUUUGGAAAGUAUGGGAAGCACGAUUCGAGCGGGUCAGUCUCAUUCAAGCCUACAGUAGGCAACAAGCACGGCCGGCGAUGGAGAAGGGGUCAAACAGUGUCACUCUAAAUCCAGGGGAGUUCAUGAAGUACAACUGUGAAUAUGACGGUGCUACCGAUUGGGUCAGAAAGAAAAAGAAAACCACGUAA